AUGAAAGUCGCCAUCAUCGGCGCUGGUCCGAGUGCGCUCGUCACCGCCAAGACGUUGCUAGAAGCCGCAGAUGCCGAUCCAGACUUCCAGCCGGUCAUCACCCUGUUUGAAGCGGAAUCCGACAUUGGCGGCACCUUCCGCUACCGAUCUUAUUCCAAUGCAACGCUCGUCUCUUCAAAGCAGCUCACAUCCUUCUCCGACUUCCGUCUGCCUCUCGAACACAAAGAUCAUCUCACGCUUGACGAAUACGUCCAGUACCUCGAAGACUACACAACCCACUUCAAACUACGGGAACGAUGCCACUUUCGAAUGAGGACAAAGGUCAUCAAGUCGGUCAAAGUCGAGGGAGGUCAUCUUCUGCGCUACCGCUCUCUGUAUGGCGACGACAAAGACGCGGCCGAUCGCUCCGAGGUCUUCACUCAUCUGUGUGUGUGCUCUGGUCUUCACGUCACGCCGGCGUUGCCCAACAUUCCUGGUCUACCUCCCACCAUCGAUGGCGACCAGGUCGUUACAGAACGCAUGGGAUCGGCCGAGACUACCGCCUCUCGCAUCACUGAGCCGGUCGAGCACGCCACCACCGCAUCAGAGAUCAUCACGCUUCACUCGUCCCAGUACAAGGACCGUUCUCUGUAUCGGGGUAAGCGUGUCAUGGUAUUGGGCACGGGCGAGACUGGCAUGGACAUGGCCUACGAGGCGGUCAAGGCCGGCGCAAAAGAAGUCAUCCUCUGCACAAGAUCGGGCUUUCUGCUCUUCCCCGCGGUGCUGGCUGACUUUGUAGUCUUUGGCAACGUCUUUGACGGCAACCUGCCCAUCGACGGUCUCAUCACCAACCUCUUCGAGACGGCCUACGUUCACCCCUGGGUCGCCGCAGCGCACCUUCGUUGGUUCGUCUCUGACUUUGUCAUCAAGCGUCUCCUCUGGUGUCUGACGGGUACUCAAGCUGGCUGCAAUCAGUGGGUCGGCGAGCUGGAACCGCAUCGACUCGGUAGGGCUUAUACUUUCCUUAACAAGAGCAGCAAAGCCAUGCCGUACAUCAAUCGUGGUUGGAAGAGCCGCAACCGCUUUCUGGAGCGCAUCACCAGCUACCUCGAUCCGCCCACAGUCAAACCCGACGAGGUCUCGGUCGAUCUGGCUCCUUUCCCGGCGCGUGUCAGUGAGGAUGGCACCGUCGAGUUCGUUCGCAAUGGACGUAAAGAGGACCUUCGCAUGCGAAAUCGCACCGUCAAGCCUGACGUGGUGGUCUAUGCGACAGGUUACACGCAGCAAUUCGACUUCUUGUCGAAAGAGUACCCCGUGCCUGCCACUGUCCGUUGCAGAGACGUCUUCGACCCGGAGGAUCCGAGCGUAGCCUUCAUCGGCUUUGUGCGUCCCGGUGUAGGCGCCAUCCCUCCCAUCGCCGAGAUGCAAGCGCAACUUUGGACGCUGAUCUUGCGCGAUCGUAUCCCGGCACCGCUGUCGACCCCGCACUACUACCUGUUGGUCAAGGAGAAUGCGAGGAUCAAGUACGGCGUCGACUAUUCUUCCUACGUCUCGACGCUGGCGCGCGACAUGGGUACCGCUCCGCCUCUCGGCCAGCUGUUGUGGACGUACGGUCUCAAGGUGACGCUCAUCUACUGCUUCGGAGCUUCCUUCCCGACUUUCUACCGUCUGCUCGGUCCGUACCGACACCCGGACGCCAAACGCAUCGUCGAGACCGAGAUCUACGAUACCAUCCGUCGACGAGGUGUUGUUGGCAAUCUCAUGAUGGGUCUUAUACCCAUGAUAUUCUACGCCUGGAUCAACCUCACUGCAUGGAUCCUCGAGAGAGUGUUCAACGCGGUGACUUUGCUCACUCAACCAUUGUCGAGAAGUAAGGGGGGCAUGGCAAGCGUACAGGAGAAACAGACAUGGUCGAAAGCGCGUCGAUUCCAGAGCGAUUUCGAGCCGCUUUCGACGAGUUCAGCCGUGGGCACGGUCAAGGUUCCCGGCGAAAAAGUGAAGGCAGGGCAAACACCGUCGAACAGGGGGGGCCGGAUGUUGCGGCUGUUCGCACUUUUCUCUGCCGUGUUGGCAGUGGCGGGGACCGGGGUCGAGGCGAAUACGGAGAUACGGAACUUUGGACCGGUGCUUUGCCGUGCUGACGAAUAUGGUCAUCUGGCUGCUAGGGCUGCUGAUCAGCUGUCGUCUACUUGGCCGGUUCUACGACCAUCGACUACCCCAUCGAUCUUCAGCCUUGUACCAACCUCGCACUCUGACUCGGCCUCACCACUCGACGACUCCAAAAUCGGUGCAUGGCUAGUGCUCGAUGUCUCGAACAACGGCACAUUCACGCUCCCCACGCCGCGUGAAGCGAAACUCUACACGGACUUGAAUCCACGCGAUCGCUGGAUUCGGCAGAGCAUCGAUUCGUUCGCGUGGAUGCUGAGCAAACGUUUCACGGUGAGGAGCAGUGUCGCGGCGAACUUGGCGCUCGAGGUCGAGUUGGAGGUGAUGGGUGCAGAAGAGGUUUUGGCGAAAGGUGGGGUUGAGUGGAAGGCGGAACUGGUGGAAACCGAGGUAGUGAAGGAUGAUAAUGGCAAGAGGACGAUGGAGGUACCGAAUUAUGGGGUGGUGAGUUCGGUGGUGCCGAGAGAGACGCGUGGAGGAGGCAGAAGGGAAGAGGAUAGGGUGGUGUUCUCGCAGUCGGCGAGAGAGACCCCAGCGGAGGUGCUGGCGAGCGACACGAUCGAUUGGAACAAGGAUGCAGACAGUGCGGUCAGGUUUCCUUGUGCCAAGCUGUAUCUGCAUCUCGUGGUAAGAUCGACAGGUGUAGCCAUUCCACCGGCGAAGGGUGGCAAUGGGUCGAGAUGGAGUCGGCUCUUUCAGUUGGCAGAGAGCGCUUUUGGCGGUCUAGCGGCGGAAAGUGUCGAGGGAGAGAUGUCAGUCCCGAUCCAUCUGACGCUGGAAAGGCUGUAUGCGGGAGGUGUACCAGCAACAGCGCUCGGCAUGGGAUGGCUCGCAGCAGUGAUGGUGUUCAUCGGGUGGUUCGUGUUGCGUCCGGCAUUGGACGGGACGAUUCCACAAGCCAGAUCUCAAGUGCAUAGCAAGGACGGCAAAGACCAAUGA